AGGACUGGGUGCAACUGAAGGAAACACCAGAGCUAAUGAUGUGUGUGUGUGGCAUAAUCAAUAAAGAUGCACCAUCAACAACUUGACAUUUCCUGGGGAAAGAAAGUAAAGCUGGAUAUGUCAGCAACGUGCAAACCCUGCAGUUUUCAAUGAACUUGGACGUCAUUUGCAUUUGAAUCACAGACUUUUGUGACAUUGGGAGGGGAGGUUUUGUUGUCCUGCAACCAGAGCCCUGGGAUAAGUCUGCUGCUGGGUUUUAAAAGCAGUGAAGUGUUCAAUGAUUUACUCCCACUGUUACAAUACUCCACGAGUUCAGCACACAAACGACUCUCACUUUAAACGUGAAAGGGUCGAGUUGGACCAAGAAUGCUGCCUUCCUACGUACCUCAGUCCAUUUCAGAUGGCUUUGCUGAGGAUUGCUGGGAGUGGGACAUUAAUGCAAAGUCACCAGCAGCGCAACUUUCUCCUUGUCGGAGAGCAGUUUACUUUCACAUCGACCCUGUCUUAAAAAGUGUAGGUACAGCAGGAGUGAGAGGAACAAAAGGUUUCAACCACGGGGAGCACUACUGGGAAAUUGAGUUUCUGGAACCUCCCUAUGGCACCUCUGUGAUGGUGGGGGCUGGAACAAGACGAGCACUUCUGCAUACUGGCAAUUAUCAAUUUAUAAAUAUGCUCGGAAUGGAUUCUGAAAGCUGGGGUUUAUCUUACAAAGGUACAAUUUGGCAUGACGGGCAGAGCAGGCAGUAUACUGAACCGUUCUAUGAGCAAGCCACAAUCAUAGGAAUCAACUUGAACCUGUACACUGGCACAAUGACCUUUUACAGGAAUGGACAGAAUUUGGGGGUGGCAUUUUCUGGCCUCAAUAAGGUUGGAGCAUCCCUGUAUCCCAUUGCCAGUUCAACAGCAGCCGAGACAGAACUUCAGCUUGGGGUCAGGGGAUGCCGCUUCCACUCACUACAGGAAUGGUGUUUGUACACAGUCCUGCAGAACCUCAGGGACAAAAAUCACAUAAACGCUCUACCACUCCCCGAGCUAAUUAAAGGACUACUCAAGGAAUUCUGAAACAGGCAGAAGAGAAAGUGAUGCGCCAAGUAAUUAUAAUACUACAGGAUUGAAUUGGCACAAUCAUGGUGCUAUUGUUCCAUAAAGAUGUUAAUGAAGUCUACUUUAGUAUUUCCAUGACAAUGUGGCAUGGUUUCAGGAUGGUGUUGUGGCCUGUAUAAAACAAACUAAGAUGAUUGUCUUUGUACUUGGACUAAGCCCAGAAAUUCAGAGAAGAAUUCAGAAUUUGGAGAGAUUUGAUUAAUAACUGAACAAAGCUGUUCAUUACUAGAACUGAUGACACUGAUGCUUUGAGGUGCAUCCAAAGCCAAGUUACAAUUGCUCAGAGCAGUGUUAGUCACUAAUUGUCUCUUUGAGGGGCACAAUUCUAAGCAGCGUAUUGCUCAAGGACCACACUGAGCAGUGCUCUAACAGCCUGUUCCCCAGUUCCUCAGUCGGAACUGAUUUUAAUCAUCCCACCACAUGCUAAGAAAACUACAAGUCCUAUAGGAUUAAUGGAUCACUUUUUAACUUACCAUAAGGAGGUUGGGAUCAAGCUUGCCUCUUAAUAGAAUGUUGCUUACUUUCUCUUUGUGGCAAAGAAUAAGAGGGAACAGUAUUAUAUCCAGCUUUGGCAAAGUGUUACAAGCAGGAUAUGAAUAUGCCCAGACAAACAUGGGCUGACAGGCGUGCCAAUGUGAAGAGGAUGGAUUCCCAGACUGAAUUUGUGUCCUACCAGUGUACAGUGUGCUGAAAUGUAUAGGACAUCAUGUUCUUAACAUUUCAAAAUAUUUGAGGAUAGCUAAAGGAAAAUUCGAGGCUGCAAGUACAGAGCCUAAGAAUUUCACCUGAGGUUAGAUGUUCUGAUUAACCCGUUGAAUCAUGAAAUUGCCAUGAACAGAGACCACAGAAAUAACUAGAGAGUUAAACUCAGUGAAGUUGAGCAGUGCUUUCAUCACGUCCAGGCUUGACUAUGCUAAAGUGUUGUUUGCUCAAUUCUUCCCUUCACAAGUUGCAGACCUCUCUUGCACCACUCUCCGAGCCCCUCUGACUUGCUUCUGCCUUUUCCUCAUUCGAGGCCCAUCUCAAGACGUGUGUUGAGUAUUGGAGACGGCCCUGAUGUGAAGGACACCAUAUGAAUGUAAAUUGCAUUGUUACAGUAAUUAACUGUUAUAGGCCUUAGCUUGGCUCAGUUGGUGGUCAGCAAGGUUGUGUGUUCAAGCACCAAGCCUUGAACUUUAAGGUCCAAACUAACCUGGUAAACAAUUAUUGAAAUAUUAUGAAUUGCGAAGAACUAAAUACUUUGACCAAAAAUAUGUGAGUAAAUUCCAGCGAUUGCAGUAUCUGUGAUCUGCAAAUGGGAAGGAAAAAGAUGUUUUCAGUUUGAGUGAACGAGGGAUGCCAACUCUUGGAAGGUUGGCACAUUGAGAUUGUAGCACCGUGCAAAACCAGAUGUGUGAGAAUGCUGUACAAUACAUAUGGAAUGGGUUAGUUUUUCUUAACUGGUAUCUUGAAGGGGAAAUCAUAAUGUUUGUAUGAUACAAUACGUGCAAUGUUAAGUGUCUGCAUCUCUGUCUCAUCCCCACCACAGCCUAAAUUCCCAUCCAUACCUUUGCCAAUUCCAAUCGUGAUUUCUCUAAAACUCUGCUUGCCGACUUUCCUAGCUAAAUCUUCCACAAGAUCCAUAUUACCUCGAACUCCUUUCCUACACCAGGCACCUUAAGCCCUUGACCUCCAUCCUCACCAGGCUCCACUGGCUCCCCAUUGCCCGGCAGAUAAGACUUCAAAAUACUUUUUUUUACUUUUGCGUGCCUCCACCACCUUGCAUUUUUAAGUUCCUGCAGCCCUAAUCUCUCACCCACUUCCUCCACUCUGCUAAUUGGAGCCUGCAUUACAGGCUAAAACCCUACCUCUUCGAUGUGCCUUCAGCCAACUUCCCUUCUACCAUCCUGCUUGGAUCCUGACCGUGAAAUGCUUUGAGGCAUUUUACUAUGUGAAAGGUGCUAUAUAAGUGCAAGUCGUUGUAGCAUCUGCGAAAACAGAUUUUUGUCACAUACUGCUAUAUUUAUAAUAAUAAU